AUGGGAAAUAACCAAUCCGAAAUAAAGCAAUUUAUACCUUAAGAAAGCACAAGAUAUCCUUUCUCAUUAAAAUUCAUAAUUAGCUUAGAAAGACUUAUAAAUACCAAAAGAAACACUUUACUCAAGGAAUGCAAUAUUAACUCUGAUCAUAUAUACUACUUAAAUGCUAUCUUAGAUCUGAAUGAGAUUAUCAAUAAAUUUGAGGACAUGCAGUAAGACGAAAACCAUUAAAGAAAGGGUUGUCUUAAGCCUCAAACCAUUUACGACUACCUUUUCACUUUGAAUAAAAUAAAAUUGGAUUUAGAAAACUUUCCAAAGUAAUUCAACAGCAACAAGCUGUAUUAGCAACUUUACUAAUUUUGUAGUCCUAUUAAUCUCAACUAAUUUAUUGACCUGUUCGAUAUAAAUGAAAUAAAGUCUUAUGUUUUUAAAGAAAGCAAUCAGCAAAUAAAGGAAUAUUAAUUCAAUUCUCACUUUAUUAAUCCCUCAGACGAUGCUCGCUUUGCAGCGUCUGCCAUUCCAUUUAAUAAUUAUCCAUACAACUAACAAUAAAAUCUUCGAAAUUUAAGAUAAAACCAUUAUUAUCUAGACUACAAUCGUUAGUUUGAAAAUUAGAGUAUAUCUUCUUAAUCAACUGCUUUCGAAUGA